GUUUUGAGACCCCUCCCUAGGGCUCGGCCCUACCCCUCUCCUGUCCCCACCACAGCUCUCUUCCCGCUCCUCUCCCCCAGCGCCUCUUUUCCAGGCAGCACUGAAGUCCUUCCUACACACACGCUAUUUUUGUACCAUCACUCUCUCCUUCCUCUCCCCCUUCCCCUGCAUUCACUUCCUGCUUUGGCUUCACCUCCGCCCAGCUUGGAAAAAUUUGGGGCCCCUCGGGCCCUCACCUACUCGGAAGCGACCUUCGGCUUUGGGACUCGGGCAGGGCCCAGAAGGCAAAGCUGCCCGCCCCUACACCCCCACGCCCGGGCCACGAGGGGGGUGGCUUCGACGGGCCCGGAGCGAGGCCGAGGCCAGGGGCGGUCGCCACUUCCUCAGUCCACCCUGAGAGGACGAUGGAGUGAGCGCACCGCGCUGACCUUAGGAAAACAAGUUUGCUCCAAGUGCAGCGGAGCCGGCCUCGGAGCAGCCCGCGCGGCGCGUCCACCGGCCGGCAGCCCCGCGGGCGGCGCAGCUGCGGCCCAUGGAGCCCGCCGGCCCGGUCCCCGGCCGCCUCGGGCCGUCGCUCUACCUCCUGCUCGCCGCGUCCUGCUCCUUGGCAGGAGCAGCUGCACAAGAGACUCUGAAAGUGAUUCAGCGUGAGAAGUCAGUGUCUGUCGCUGCUGGGGAGACAGCCAUUCUGAACUGCACCGCAACUUCCCUGUACCCCGUGGGGCCCAUUGAGUGGUUUAAAGGGGUAGGGCAUAGCCGGGAGGCAGUCUACAGGUUCACAGGAGAGCACUUUCCCCGAGUCACAAAUGUUUCAGAUACUUCUAAGAGAAACAACUUGGACUUUACCAUCCGUAUCAGUAAUGUCACCCCAGCAGACGCCGGUACCUACUAUUGUGUGAAGUUCCAGAAAACAGGCCCUGACAACAAGGAGAUUCAGUCUGGAGGAGGCACAGAGGUGUCUGUGCGCGCCAGACCUUCUCCACCGGUAGUAUCUGGCCCAGCAGCCAGGGCUGCACCUGAGCAGACAGUGAGCUUCACCUGCGAGUCUCAUGGCUUCUCCCCCCGGAACAUCACUCUGAAGUGGUUCAAAAAUGGAAACGAACUCUCCCACUUCCAGACCAUCGUGGACCCUUCAGAAGAGAGUGUCUCCUACAACGUCACCAGCAUAGCCCAGGUGGUGCUGGGUCCUGGGGAUGUACACUCUCAGGUCAUCUGUGAGGUGGCCCACGUCACCUUGCAGGGAAGCCCUCUUCGUGGGACUGCUAACUUGUCUGACAGCAUCCGAGUUUCACCCAUCUUGGAGGUCACCCAGCAACCCACCAUGGCAGGGGGGAACCAGGUGAACGUCUCCUGCCAGGUGCAGAAGUUCUACCCCCAGAGUCUCCAGCUGACCUGGUUGGAAAAUGGCAACAUGUCCCGGACAGAAGUGGCCUCAGUUCUCACAGUGAACAAGGAUGGGACCUUUAACCGGACAAGCUGGCUCCUGGUGAACUCAUCCACCCAUAGAGAGGAUGUGGUGCUCACCUGCCAGGUGGAGCAUGAUGGGCAGCCAGCAGUCACCAGAAACCAUACCCUGGUGAUCUCUGCCCACCAGAAGGAGCAGGACAUGGACACCACUUUUGGUGAGCCUGCCAGCUGGAACGUCUUCAUUGUGGUGGGUGUGGUGUGUUCCUUGCUUGUAGUCCUGCUAAUGGCAGCCCUCUACCUCCUCCGGAUCAAACAGAAGAAAGCCAAGGGGUCCACUUCUUCCACAAGGUUGCAUGAGCCUGAGAAGAAUGCCAGGGAAAUAACCCAGGUACAGUCUUUGAUCCAGGACACAAAUGACAUCACCUAUGCAGACCUCAAUCUGCCCAAAGAGAAGAAGUCAACUCCCCGGGCCAUGGAGCCUAACAGCCACACCGAGUAUGCCAGCAUUGACACAGGCUCACCGCCCAAGCCAGAGGACACCCUCACCUAUGCCGAUUUGGACAUGGUGCACCUCAGCCGGGCAUCCAAGCAGCCAGCCCCCAAGCCGGAGCCAUCCUUCUCGGAGUAUGCCAGUGUCCAGGUCCAGAGGAAGUGAACAGGACUAUGGUCGUCUCUAGGGCCCAUCACUACAAGUUUUCUUGUCCCACAUGGAGUGGCUAUGAUGAGGACAGCCAGCCAUACCUGUCCCCAGAAAGCCAGAUGGAAUAGGCCCUGGGAGCAGGAGUGAGGAUAACUCUUGUCUGCCUACCCUUCUUGGCUCUCCAGCACUUCUUGGGCAGCCACAACCCCUCCUUCUGGAGGCUGGUGUUGUUGAACCCGAUGAGGAACUAGAAAGAACUGCAUAGAGACCAAGAAGUGUUGUGCCUCUGUCCAUCACACAUGGGUCUGGAUCGUGGUCUUGGAGACCCCAGGCUGCUUUCCUGAUGCUCCAGAGCCUGAUCUAUGUUGAGGAGGCGAUCCUACCACCUCCACCUAACCCAGGCCUUGGGACAAGAUUCCCUUAGAUCAAAGUGCCCCAUCCAUGGAGGAGCUGUUUAAAAACAGACCUAUAUUGGGAGACUUGAUGAGCUUGCAGCCAGCAUUACCGGCCUCCCACUUUCCUGGCUAGCUAGCCACAGCCCUCGGAGAGAAGGAACCCUCUGUUUCUCUACCAGCAGAGACUCCCUGGGCUUGUUCAGCGUGGCCCACCUUCUGUCCAGCUCCAGCUUGCUUCCUCCAGCUCGCACUUACUCAGCAGCAUCACACUGUAGAUGCCUGUAAAUUAUUGAGAAAUGUGAACCGUGCAAUCUUGAAGCCAAGGUGUUAGAAAACUUGAUCUGUGGUGUUUAGUUUUGUUUUGUUUUCCUUAAAACAACAGCAACGUCAUUUUGGCUCUUUGUCAUGUGUUGAAUGGUUGGGUCUUGUGAAGUCUGAGGUUUAACAGUUUGUUAUCCUGGAAGGAUUUUCUUACAGCAGAAACAGUUUCUCAAAUUCCCAAAACCCUGAGGACCAGGAAGAAGGAUCUCUCAGCCACUCCUUUCAGGCACUUUGCCCUACUGGGGCUUACUUGACCCUGUUCUCCCAGAGCCAUGUGGCUGAUCCUGUGUCCCACGGCCCUCUGUGGUAAGUGCAGUGCUUCUCUGCAGUCUUGUCUGACCCAAUGCUGACCCAAUGUCUGUCCUUCUGUGGAGAGGGCAGAGGGUCAGUGAUGCCCCCCCUUUAUUCACAAGCACUUUAGAGACAUGCAGAGAGAAGGGAUGCUGAGCAGAUACCUCCCAUUCCAGCACUCUGAGAUAAUCCAUACAGGAAAAGUCCUCCAUUCUUGCUGUCAAACUGCAUUGUGACCACACUGGAACAGAGACAGCACAGCUGUGAACCAGAGCAGACCACCCUGACUAUGGAGGCUCUAACCCAGUUAUCCUCUGACCUCCACCCUUCCAACUGGGUGCCAGGGCCUGGCUGAGUUCAGAGCAAGCAAAUGUUGAAACCUUGGUUAUCUGGUCUUCACAUGUAUCUCGGCAUGCUGAGUCACUAAUGUCCCUGCUCCCCUGUGGGAUGGCAAAGGAGUUCAUCGCUCAGGCCGUCCAAGUAAGAAGCUGAGCUGACUUGCCUUUUUCUGCAGAUGUAACAGGGAAUGUCAGUGGCUCAGCAAAGACCCAGCUUUCAAGAGUUAAUGUCCUGAUGUCUCCCACAAUGGCAUCCAGGACUUGGCUGAGCCAACAGGCUAUGUGGGCAGUGUUGGCCCAGCAAGCCAGAGCUCAUUGGCAUCGGGGAGCUAUGGUGGCCCUGCCACCUGCUCAGGCUAUCUCCCAAUUUUAGAGGGUUGGUUUGUAAACUUCCAUCUCCUUCCCCUUUGCCCAGAGACAGCACAUGCAUGUGCACACACAGGUGCAUAGAAAAGAUUUUAAAAGACUGUUUUUCUUGGUGCCAUCCUAAUUUUGUCUUAAUUUUGGGAGGGAGAGAAAAGGGAAGGAGGCCGAGGAAGACGUACAGCUGUAGCUUUAGCCAGGCGUCCUGGAGGUCCCCAUGCCUUGUAUAUGGAGCCCUAGGAACAGGAAGAGGCAGAGACCCCUCUGGGAGGAGUGUGACUUCAGUUGAUUUGUAGAUGGAUGGGAAAGAAACAGGCCCCAUUUUGUACAUAGUUGCAACUUAAACUUUUGGCUUGCAAAAUAUUUUUAUAAUAAAGAUUUCUGGGUAACAA